CAAUGUAACGAGACAGUACGGGAUGCACGUCGGACUGCGUUGUUUCAUUGUCGGUUUGCCGUUCUGAAAUAUAGGAUUUGUUUUGUUUAACGCGCAGUGAUGGUAACUGAAAUAAAAAAUUGAUUUUUCCGUUCGAUGCCGUGCACGUAUUCAGAUUACGUACAAGUUGCAAACCGCGUUCGAAUAGUGUGUCAAAAACGUUCGACUCUGGCAGUGUAGCCGACUCUCUACGGUUGUCAGUAAAGUGCGGCUAUACGACCGUGGCACCCGUAGCUGUUUGUGUUGUUCACUUUUGCUUCCCGUUCUGAUUCAGCUGCCUGUGUUCUACCAGGCCCUCCGAAAAUAAACGAAAAAGCUCUAGGUAAUCAGUUAACAAGGACAAGUUAAGUCCGUGGCCUUAACCGCAGUGGGACCGGGAACAUCCAACAGUCAUUUCCGGAACGAUAGAGCUUCCCGCAAGCUCUUCACGGUCUCGAAUUGGAGACUAAGAAGGCGAAAAUGGUGCUGGCCGACAGAACCGCUGAAAAUGUCCGCAACGGCCGGAGAUCGCGGGGACCCAGCCCGAAUGGCCAUUCAGCGGUACUAGUGGCCGGUGGUAUCACUGAGUCCAGUUCGGAUGAUGAAAAUUCACGCAAAAAUGGAAAUUCCUCCAAAGCUGCCAAGGCUAAAAGCGAGUAUGAAGAAAAAAUUCGCGUCGGUCGAGACUACCAGGCCGUGUGUCCAGAGUUGAUACCGUCGAUAGACAGAAAACCAGAAAAUUUGAACGAUCGGGCAUUGCUCGUAUGGUCGCCCACCAAGGAAAUUCCAGACAUUAAGCUGGAGGAGUAUAUCACUGUUGCCAAAGAAAAGUACGGAUAUAAUGGUGAGCAGGCGCUCGGGAUGCUCUUCUGGCACAAGCACGAUCUCGAGCGAGCCGUGCUGGAUCUGGCGAAUUUCACCCCCUUUCCGGACGAGUGGACUGUCGAAGACAAGGUUCUGUUUGAGCAAGCAUUUCAGUUCCACGGUAAAAGCUUUCAUCGUAUCCGGCAGAUGCUUCCAGAUAAAUCGAUUGCUAGUCUGGUCAAAUUUUACUAUUCGUGGAAGAAAACUCGCAGUCGAACAAGCGUAAUGGAUAGACAAGAAAAGAUGAAGAAAAACGAUAGUUCGGAGAAUGGGAGCGAUCACGGGAGCAACGAAGAUUCAGACAAUGACGAUAAGCCCUCGGCAAGUACGGGUUCCAAUCCGGCACCGGUAAUACCUAGCGCGAUCAACACAACCGUCAAUGUGGCAGCAAGUACAACCGGUGGCGUUCCCAGCACAAAUGGUACCGCACAAACGGUGGAUGCGAGUGAUUCUAGUAAACCGGGCCAAAUGGAGGUCGACUCCGAAUCCGCAAUUGCUCCAUCAACGACAACUAAUGGCGGCAGCACAUCGUCCUCGAACUCGCUCAAUUGUUCCGGGUGCGGUGUAACGUGCAGCGAAUUAAAUGCGACACCCCAGGGCAAACUUUGUGGAAGUUGCUAUCAUCAUUGGAGACGAACCGGUGUGUUGCGUCCCACAUCCGGUCCGACUUUCAUGAACAAACGGGCGCGCAAUUCGACUCUGUUGGGCAAAUCCGCUGACAGUCACAAGCGUAGGCCUCCAAGGGGAAUGUACAUCAACCACGACGACAUUGUCAAGUUAGCCGACUCGGCCCAGAUGACCAGCGGUGCCGCUGAGGGAAAGCCUUGCGAAGACCUGCUUGCUGAGAUGGAUAGGGAAAUCGUUUCGCUCUGGAGUCAAAUCCAACUGAACAAACAAAGCGCUAGUGGAUUAAAACGCCGAAUCGAACAGGAAUCUGAUAUAGCGCGACCGACGGAACCAACCAUGAUUCGAGUUAACUCCCGCUGGAACAAUGAAGAACUGCUGCUGGCUGUGCAGGGUGUUCGAAAGUUUGGUCGGGAUUUCCAGGCCAUAGCCGAUACGAUCGGUACCAAGACGGAAACCCAGCUUCGUACAUUUUUUGUGAACUAUCGACGAAAGUACAAUUUGGAUAAUGUGCUGAAGGAGUAUGAAGCGGAGCAGAAGCAACUGCUGGAGCUGAUGAACAACAACAUUAAUAUGAAUAAUAAUAACAACAAUAAUAUUGCUGCAAAGGAAGAUGAUUCCACGACGACUAUCAGUGAGCUGGAGAGUGCAGACACCAACUCGACUGCCGGCGAUAAGCUAGAUCUUGAGGAUGGCAAAAAGUCAACAGGAACGAAAUCUGUCCCAUUGGACGGUGAGAUAAUGGAGAUUGAUCUGGUUGACGAUGAGGUGGUAAACGGGAAGAAAAGCCAAGGGGAAGAUGGUCUGGACGGUUCCUGCAGUACAGUGACUGCAUCGGAUGUGCUGUCAGCUUCCUCCUUGCCGAAUAGCUCAUUGUCUGUGACCAGCGCGGUAGCGGGAGCUUCGGUAUCUGCAGCGACGGAAGAAACUGCUCCGAUGGAUGUUGACGAACAGUCCAGUUCUAGCACAAAGCUGACAGAUUCGACGGUUGUCAUUAAAUAAUAACUUGCCACUGCCGCCGUUACUGAUUCCCGCUUGAUGUUUUCAUUUUAACUUUCGCUUUCAAUUUCCAUUCGACGGUUAUUAGCGAAAACAUUUCUUUCCCCUGUACGUCAAAGCAUUUUUUCCACUGUCGAGUAUUGUAUUAUUUUUAUUAUCUGUAGUGAUUCUACUGAACAAUGCCAAUUCUCUGUUUAUUAUUACCGAAAUGUUUACUCUGUCCAACAACCUGAAUAAACCUUAGAAUCGACUCUGCCCGAAUGGAUUCCCAUGGGGAAUUGCUUUACAUAUCUCAGUUCAUAACAAAAAUUGUUGUUUUCUUAUGAAUCGCUCAUUUUAGUUCAAUCGACACCUUUUAUUUUACUAACUAAUAUAAAAACGUGUCACAAAUUGUUAGAUAGGAAACUUAUAAAACGCAAAUCGCCUGAAGAAAUGGUAUUACAACACUUACAUUGACACCAGACAUACACCUACACAUAAACAACACAACUCAAUGAAUGAAAACUGUUGCCCUUAGAACACUUGAAUGCCCAGGUUGCGAAGUUCAAGAUAUACGCUAAUGUUAAAUACAUACACACAUAUGCAUUAGGCGCCCGUUAAAAUAUGUAGUACCGUCGUAAAUUAACAGAUGACUAUUUAAAAGUUUAACAAUAUUAAAAUCAAACUAACUGAUGCAUAGUAUGAUAGAUUCACAUAAACGUAUUCAAUUCACUAUUUAAAAAAAAAAC